UUAAUAUGUGGCCGGCCCGCGCGCGCAGCACGCGUGAGGCGCCAUUCAAGCAGCGCUGCGCAGGAGCUUUGCUUGAUCUUUCAUCUGCGCGAAACUGGACGCAGCAUCGCUGCGCGCGCCGUCGCUGCACACAAUACAAUAGACUGGCAGCGAGGCGGCGAGGCCGCACACCACAUAAAAGAUGCGCCUCCUCUUCGUCGGCCAUCUAGGAAGGGCCCACGACGACGAGAUUUUGUUCGCGAAGCCGGUGCGCGUCCAGCGCUUUUCGGUUGUGCCGCACUCGACGCUCGCGCACGACGUCGUCGCGACGACCCAACAGGAACCCUUUGAAUUAGAAUUGAGUUUUCAGAAGAAGGACGCCAAGGAACUCAGUCAAAUACACAAGGGCCCCGUGUCAAGAGGCGGCACGUGCGACGUGAAGGAGCGCGUCGUCACCUCGAAGCUCGCCUUUAGAGGCGACUACUACCGCGUCUGCGUGGCGGUCUACGGCGAGUUAGCUGACUUGAAAGAGGAAGCUCGCUUAGAACGGGAGGCGCUGGCGGCGGAAAAGGCCAAAAAUGCCAAACCCAAGCCACCCCCCGAGUUCUACGAAACGCCGUCGCGCGACGGCGCUCGGUUGCUCCUGGAUCCCGUUGUGGAUCGACUAUUGCGAGGUGAGCAGCAGGACGCUACUACGAUACCUUCAUCCUUGGAAGAUGAGGCCGAGGACGAAUGGCCCUCGGACGUGACGCCGCAGCAAGCGCUCGAGAAGCUGCCCUCCGCCAAUUGGGAGGCUCUCAUACAAUGCUGCUCGUCAAACAUCGCUUCGGACGACUACGAGACGCAAGUGGCCGCCUUCCAGUUGAUCGAUCAGGCGUGUAGUGCUGGAGACGCGUCCCUCGCGUCGAUGGCGUUACUAGAUACGGUGCAGGCUUCAUCCAGUAGUAUCCUCGACGAGGAGUACGCGCCGCCAAGACUAGUGGAAAGUGUAGCGGGCGCGUUGCGAAGUCUCGCGGAGGCGUCGCCCGACGCGGCAUCAAAACUGGACACGGCGCCCGUCGUCCGUAGACUACUGAGAGAUUCACCGAUCAUGCGCCCCUCAUUCGUAAAGGAUGCGAACCGUUUCUUGAGAAGAUGCGGUCUCGUACGAGCGCUCGCUUCUCUGAGAGACGCGGCGGCUUCAUGUCUAGCGACGCCGACGUGGCCUAGAUUACGCGAUGCGACGGGCGCCUGCGACGCCGUGCGCGCUUUACUAGAAAGAGCUUGUCGCGACGCGGCGGCCCGAUCUGUGACUGAACAAUGGGGCGCCUCGGAACCUGUGGUAGAUGCGCGGUUGCUGGACGUCUUAUUGCGAGGCAGGUUGGCGGCGUCCUGCGCCGCGCUAGCCGCCGCGACGAGUGAUUGCGUAGCCAAGGAUUUUAUGGAUGCGGCGACGCGGCGCGACGCAUCUGCGUCGGUGGCACCCUGUAACGAAGCAUUGGGCGCUCUCGUCCACUUACUGAAUGAUGUAGAAGGCGGCGGCGCACUCUGGGCGCUCUGCCCAAGAGCAGCAGACGCCUUCGUCGAGUGCUGCUCCAUCUCAGAUCUUGCGGAUAUUGUACAGACGCAGCGGCUGACCUAUACGCUAGCUCGGAGUCUCCCCGACGCUCCUGUCAAAAGACCUGAAGCCUUCGAGAUGAGCGCGCCGCUGCCGGGCAUAUCCUCCACACAAGAUAAGGACGCGGGCCCGCCGACGCGCGCCGAAUUGUUGAGUGCUAUUAGAUUCGUCGCCGAGUCGAAUGAUUGUAGUAGUAUGACUCGCGCCGUCUGCGAGACGGAAGGUGCGUUCGAUUGCAUCUUACAAGCGUCGUCGGACCCGGCCUCCGCCGAACAUGCUUUAGCUUUGCUGUCAUUAUUCGGCGAGGCGGCGCCGUCAUCCGCGUGCCGCUUAUUAACCCUGAAACGAAGUGAAGUACGAAGCAAACUAUGUGGCGACGGCGACCCGGCCCCGGCCUCGGCUGCGGCGCGCGCGUUGCUGAAAGAGGAAUCAAGGGAGGUGACUUGCGCGUCGGUGCAAGACGUCGCGCGACGACUGCGGAUUCUAGCAAGGACCACGGAGACCGUCUUCUCGCUAGAGGAGGACGAUGAUGCGCUAGUGACGACCUGUUGCAACACGGCCGCGUGUGUCGCGAAGGAUAUAGGUGAGGUUGACAAGGACGAGGACUACGAGGGCUUGAGUUAUGGAAGGGAGGCGCUGGACCACGAAGCUUCAUUAAGAGUGGCUACCUGCGGUUUAUCGGCACUGAACGCUCGUUUAAGAGCUCGUAGAAUCGUCGCGGCGAACACGAAUGACACGGAGUCGUUCCGAUCCUUAUUGAGUGCGGCCAUCAAGCGACGGUUAUUAUCACCUUCAGAUCCUUCCGGCGUGUUUCGCGUGCUAGACGCCGUCGCAGCGAGAGUCGUACUACUGCGAGGCGACGUGCCGCCGCCUCUACUUGGAGACGUCAAUGACCAAGUAAAUACGGCGGCCAACAGGGUCUCGGCUCUCGGUGUGGACGGCGAGGAAGACUAUGAUGAGGACGUCGAACCGGUCCACACGGAGGAGGGGUUUUCAGCUUUACAAAGGUGUCUAGAUACGGGCUUAGCUGCCUGUGCGUUAGCUGAUACGUUGUUAGCAUCCAUAAGAUGUUCUGAACAAUGGCGCGACGAGGCGGACGUCUUGGAUGUGUUGCUCAAGUGUAUCUCGUCGCUAUGUAUUACGUUCGGUCCCCUGCUCCACGAGCGAGCCUGUGACGACGGCAUGGAGGACGAGGACGAAUUAAGACCGGUCGAGACGCCUCUGUAUAACCAAGCUAAGUCAUUAGCUGAGCAUUUAGUACUCUUGUUGCGGAAGUACUGGUCUCAAACGUGGUCGCCUUCGUCACUAUGUAAAGCGGUCGCGAAACUCGCCCGGUCGUCCCCAGCGGCGUGGCUCGGCUGCGCGUCCGCCCUAGAACGGUGUUUACCGCGACGGGCGCCGUGCCUCCCUUCCUCGUCACAAGAUGUGGCGGAUCUAGACGAUGGAGGAUAUGUGGGCUACUCGCUCGGGCUGCGCGACUCAUUGGAGGACGAUCGAGCGGAUGCUAGACGAGCAGCAUUGCAGGCGUGUUUGGAUGGGAGAAGAGGCGCGCGGAACCACGCGCGUGCGUUACAAGAAACGGCCCAAAGAGCCCAGAGAUCAAGAUGGGACGAUGCCGUCACGAAUGAAGUGAUUCAGUUCGCCGUGAAGUGCCUGGAGAGCGCGGCCAAGGCCUUGCAAGGCGUCGGGUCGGAGCUCGUGGCUGGCUUAGUCGAUCUCGGGCCUGUCAGUGGAGCAAAGACCGCUUCGUACUUACUCCUAGAAGCGAGAGCGGCGGUCCAGUGCGGCAAGGCCAAAGAUGCGAAAGCAUACGCUGCAAGGGCCGAGACGGUUCGCGCCCGCGUCCCUUUCCGAUGCCAUCGACGCGACUACGCCACGCCAUCGACGCGACCGCUUCGGUCACGCACAGGACCACGAAAAACGGGCGGCGAUGUUCGGGGAGCUCGAAAAUUUCGAGGCCUGGCACCGCGCGGCGCGAUUGCUCACGGGCGUCCGGGAGGCGUGUUGCUCGUCGUCCGGUAGGACGGCCCUGUUCGCCUGCGGCGCGCCGUUGGUGUUGGUCGACGCUUUGUCAUUACCGAAGCCGGAGUUGCUACGACUCGCGUUGGAGUCUCUCGCGGCCCUGACGCACGACGCCCAGGAGCGGACGGCUUCUGAUGAUAUCGAGAAAUCGAGGAUCGCAUUGGACGCUCUCUUGGCGGGCUAUCCUCCGCCCGAACGCAACGAAGUGUAUGGCUCAGGCAUCUCGACGACGUUUCUGACGGCCUUCGCUCGAGCCCUAGCCAAAGUUUUGGCCAAGUACCACAAGGCCGACGCGCACGUCCACGCGUCGACGGCGCGCUGCUUGGCCAUUUUAGCGCGGGAAAGAAGGAACGCGCCGCGCGUCUUAAGGGCGCUGGGGGCUGCUUCCUCUUCCUCAGGUGGCUCAUCUUUAUUAACGAGGGCCGUAACCGGAUUGACGACCUCUCUCGAAGCGCUGCGGGAGGGCGGGCCCGGGCACGCGCCCGACGCGCCCGAAGAGGACACUACCGAAGAGUUCAAAAGCAAAAUCUUAUCUGAAAGACGCGAGGUCUUUGAAGGAUUGGCGUCACGAGCCGCGAAACUACUGCGGGCGGCGGCGUACUGCGCGAGAGCUCCAGUAGCAUUAGCUUGGGACGCGCGCUGUGAUCCGGUGGAAGUUAACGCUUUAUUGAAGGGCGACGUCGCUGAGGGACUACAGCGGGCCGUGGGGUUGUUUGCUGAUGAAAAUGAGGACGCCUGGAGUGUGUUGGAAGCGGAGCACCCCGGCGACGCCACGGAUGUGUUGAAAGCUUAUGCCCGCGUCGCGAAACGCGCGUCGCGCGACCUCAUCGACGCGUCGCAAGCGCCCGCGACGAACGAAGCGAUUGUGGAUGAGGACGAGAGUCUGGCGAAGCAGAGCGACGGCGACGUCGCCAAGCGCUGCCGCGAGGCGGCCUCCGAAAUUGUGGGGGAAACGGACCGCCAGACGGCAACCUUACAAAAGUGGCACUCUGACCUACAAUGCGUCGCGAAGCACGACGACGACGACGAGCCGCCCAUGCGGCUUGGCGGGGAUAGGGCUCAUGCGUUGGGGCGCCACCAGGGUCUCGGCGGGUUGAAUCGUGCUGGCCAAGGCUACGGCGAGCGGCUCGUCUGGGACGGCGAGGAUGCUUCCCGAUCUUUGCUGCGGGUCGCUGCGAAGAACGUGCCCCUGAAGCACGUGCGGAAAGCCGUCGCGGAGGCCGUCGGCGAGGAGGAGGCCGGGGCCCUGGCGUCGGACGAGGCGAUCCGUGUGUCGGGUCUGUCGCGGUGUGGAAAUCAAUUUUUCAGGCGCCCCACGCCGAUUCCCUAACUCAUCUGUUGAUUUCCACACAGGUCUCUCGCAGGGCGGCUGGGGCUCGCGGAAACGCGGGCGGCUCGCGCUCGGCAAGGUGCGCGCGGCCGCCGCCGCGGCACCCGUCGCGCCCGCCGCCACGAGCGGGGCCGCCGAUCCUCGCGCU